CAGGUGUUCUACUGGACAGCGCAAUCGCAAAGUGACACCUACGUAAUAGAAGCUUUCUCUCCUACCCUGCCGAACCUUCGUUAGCCGCACCGCGGACUCCCCUUUAAAAAUGAACAUGAACGGUCAAGACUGGGAUCAGGUGGUGAUUAGGAAGAAGCAGCCGACGGGAGCUGCGCUUAAGGACGAGGCAGCUGUGAACGCGGCUCGACGACAAGGAGCUGCCGUGGACACAACGCAAAAAUUUAAUGCUGGCAAGAACAAGCCUGCACAGCAGACCGUUUCAGGGAAGCCAGCGGCUAAGCUAGAGCAGGAGACGGAGGACUUCCACCACGAGCGCGUAUCUUCCAACCUCAAGCAGCAGAUUGUCCAGGCGCGGACAGCCAAGAAGAUGACGCAGGCGCAGCUAGCGCAGGCGAUUAACGAGAAGCCUCAGGUCAUUCAAGAGUACGAGCAGGGCAAGGCUAUCCCGAACCCGCAGGUCCUGUCAAAGAUGUCCCGCGUGCUGGGCGUUGUGCUCAAGAAGUAAACACGAACGUGCGGGCCUGGUGUACGCCAAGCUUUAAGUUCUAUUGAAAAUUAGUACCCGGACAAGCAUGCAGAGUGCAGAGGGAGAUGCAGCGACUGCACGCAGCUGGUGGCGUCAGGAGGCAGGGCGCGCCAUCUAAACCAUGGGACAGAUGCCAGGCAGUGGACUACAGUACUCUGAUGUCAGUAUUGCCUGUUUCCGGAGGCUUCCAGCACGGUCGAUAGCGGAGCUGCUGGGUUCGGAUCCAGGCGGCUGUCGUAGUAGCGGAGGGCAGCAGCGAAUUGUACGGCUUAUGAUCCAUGUAGUCUGCAUGUAGGCGGCGUUCUGGGUCUAGAGCUAUCUGUUAAGCUUUCCUGUUUAGCCGAAGUGCGGCCCCUCCACCACGCAUGGCGUGUAUGUUGUGCUCGUCGCUUUCCUCACGCUUAGGGGGUUUCCCAUGCAUGUCGCCUACAUUGGUCGGGUCUCACCCUAGGACAGGGCACAGUACUGGUGGUUGUUUGGCAGGAUGCGUGGGUCGUUGAGUCGCGAGUACGGCAUGCCUUUGUGUUUGCUGCUAGGUGCGUGUGGGCAGGCAGGUGCGCGUGUGCACAGCGGUGAGGGGCAUGGCGGUGAGAGGCGCAGCGAGGGGAGCCAUGGCGAGGAGGGCCGAAGUGUUGCUGCAAAGUAGGUAAUACUGCCAAUGAAUCGCAUGUGUGGUGGAUGUAGGGUUGCCGGUCGCGGGAUAUCGCACUGUUGCGAUACCGCACUUGGCUGCAGCAGCAGGUUGCAGGAGCGUGCACGAGCGGUUAGGACACGACAUCCCAUGUCUGACCGGAGUGCACGUUUGUAGUGCCCGAGCAUGUAACGCCAUCAGCCGAUA